AUGUCGGGAAAGCAGCAAGACAAGAGCAUCAUGGGGAUGCCCGGCUUCGUGGUCGACUUCCUGAUGGGUGGUGUUUCCGCCGCCGUCUCGAAGACCGCCGCCGCUCCCAUCGAGCGUGUUAAGCUCCUCAUCCAGAACCAGGAUGAGAUGCUUAAGUCCGGUCGUCUCGACCGCAAGUACGACGGCAUUGGCGAGUGCUUCAGCCGUACCGCUAAGAACGAGGGUGUCCUCUCCCUCUGGCGUGGUAACACCGCCAACGUCAUCCGUUACUUCCCCACCCAGGCGCUCAACUUCGCUUUCCGCGACACCUACAAGUCCAUGUUCGCCUACAAGAAGGAGCGUGACGGUUACGCCAAGUGGAUGGCCGGUAACUUGGCCUCCGGUGGUGCUGCCGGUGCUACUUCCCUCCUCUUCGUCUACUCCCUCGACUACGCCCGUACCCGUCUUGCCAACGACGCCAAGUCCGCCAAGAAGGGUGGUGAGCGCCAGUUCAACGGUCUCGUAGACGUCUACAAGAAGACCCUCGCUUCCGACGGUAUCGGUGGUCUCUACCGUGGUUUCAUGCCCUCCGUUGCUGGUAUCGUUGUCUACCGUGGUCUGUACUUCGGUAUGUACGACUCGAUCAAGCCUGUCCUCCUCACCGGUUCCCUCGAGGGUAACUUCUUGGCCUCUUUCGCUCUUGGUUGGGCCGUCACCACUGGUGCCGGUAUCGCCUCUUACCCCCUUGACACCAUCCGUCGCCGCAUGAUGAUGACCUCCGGUGAGGCCGUCAAGUACAAGGGUACCAUGGACGCCGCCCGCCAGAUCGUCGCCGCUGAGGGUGUCAAGUCUCUCUUCAAGGGUGCUGGUGCCAACAUUCUCCGUGGUGUUGCCGGUGCCGGUGUCCUGUCCAUCUACGACCAGGCCCAGCUCAUUCUCUUCGGCAAGAAGUUCAAGGGUGGAUCUGGUUAA